AUAAAAUUAAUUGUGUUAUUUAUACAAUGCUGUUCUCGAUUACGUUAAUUAUUGUCGUGUCAUUCUUAAUAAUAUACAAAUAUUUAUAUAAACCACUUCUGUAUUGGAAAGAAAGAGACGUUAUCUACGGCAAAAAUGCCGUGCCGAUAUUUGGAAAUCUAUGGAAAGCCACGUUCGGUAAAGUUACCUUCAUUGAUAACUUCAUCGAUCACUACAAAGAGUUUCCCAACGAAAGUUUCAAUGGAAUCCACAAUUUUGUUAUGCCUUCAUUGGUCAUCAGAGAUUUGGAUAUAAUUAAGCAAGUUUUGGUCGCUGAUUUCGACCAUUUCACCGAUCACAAGCAUCAACCGAAUACGGCGGACGUUAAUCCUCUGUUUUCGAAGAAUCUCCUGCAAUUGAAUGGUGAUGAUUGGAAGCAGAUGAGGGCGACUUUGAGUCCGGCUUUCACCAGAAGCAAAAUGAAGGCAAUGUUCUUGCUAAUUUCCGAUUGCGCCCAACAAUUGACCAGGCAUUUUGAUAAUGGUGAUUUACAAGAAAUUGAUAUUAGGGAUGUUUCUUCGAGGUUUGCUAACGACGUGAUUGCAACUUGCGCUUUUGGAGUGCAAUGUGAUUCGAUCAAAGAGAAAGAGAACGCGUUUUAUACAACUGGCAAAGAGGCGUCAAAUUACACAACAAUUAGAUUGGUGAAGUUUAUGCUGUUUAGCGCGUUUCCUAAACUCUUCAAGUUUUUUGGAAUCGAAUUGGUGGAUAAAGCUAUCUCUUCAUUUUUUAUUAACACCAUUAAAGAAGGGUUGAAGUACAGGAUUGAUAAUGACGUUGUUCGACCUGAUAUGAUUCAUCUUUUGAUGGAGGCCAGGAAAGGAUUGUUGAAGCAUGAGGAUAGUAACGAAGGAUUGGUUGAUGAUGGUUUUGCCGUCAUCCAGGAAUCUGAUAUUGGGAAGAAAGAAGUGGUGCAAAGAUACAUAUCUGAUGAAGAGAUUGCGGCUCAAGCCUUUGUAUUUUUCAUAGCUGGUUUCGAAACGUCUUCAGUUAUAAUCAGUUUUAUGACGCUUGAAUUAGCUAUACACGUGGAUCUGCAAGAGAAAUUGCAUGCUGAGAUCGAUAUGGUUAUGGAAGAUUGCAAAGGAGUUCCGACGUAUGAAGCAGUCAUGAAAAUGAAAUAUUUGGAUAUGGUUGUGUCAGAGACUUUGAGGAAAUGGCCACCUGGACCUAUUACAGAUCGACAAUGCACCAAAGACAUAACUAUUAGUGGAAACGGAAAAAGUUAUAAGGUGAAAGAGGGCGAAAACAUUUCCAUUCCCAUAAUUGGUUUGCAACGAGACGAAAAGUACUUUCCGGAACCGGAAAAAUUUAACCCAGAGAGAUUUUCCGAUGAAAACAAGAGCAAUAUAAUUCCUUACACAUACAUGCCUUUUGGGCUUGGGCCUAGGGCCUGUAUAGGAUCACGUUUUGCUUUAUUGGAGAUAAAAGUACUCUUCAUCCAUCUGCUUUUCAAAUACGAUUUAGUGGUGACGGAGAAGACGAGUGCACCGAUUGUCAUAGAGAAGGGUUCGUUCAAGAUGCAGCCGGAGGGAGGAUUCUGGGUGGGAUUAAAACCUCGCAAAUUGUGUGUUUUCAAUAAUUCUCACAUGACCUUCAAAAUGUUAUCAUACUUGCUGGGCUUCGUGGUGUUAGCAUUUCUCUUCUAUUUGAAAUUCGUGAAGCCCUUGAAUUACUGGAAUGACAGAGGCGUACCAAACGUCAAGGGAAUACCUGUUUUCGGAAAACAGGCUGCGGUAGUUUUUGGGAAAAUAACUGUUAUCGAAUGGAUGAAAAGGACUUAUAAAGAGUGUCCUGGUACAAGGUACCAUGGAAGUCACCAGUUUAACAGACCGGUGCUUGUUGUCAAAGAUCCAUCUUUAAUCAAACAGAUAAUGGUCAAAGAUUUUGGGAAUUUCGUUAAUAGAAUUGAUGUUAUCACCAAGGACAUGGAUCCUUUAUUAGGAAACAGCUUAUUGUUUUUGCAUAACCAAGAGUGGAAGACGAUGAGAUCAACUUUGAGCGCUGCGUUCACCGGUAGCAAAAUGAAGGAUAUUACCGAUCUGAUGCUGCAAUUGUCGCACAACUUUUUCAAAUAUUUGAGCAAGAACGGAAAGUCCAGAUUCACCGUUGAUAUGAAAGAUCUGUCAACUAGGUACACGAACGAUAUCAUAGCAAGCUGUGCUUAUGGGAUUGAAUGCAAUUCGCUGAAGGAUAAAAGCAACGAUAUGUACAAAUUGGGAAAACAGAUAACCGGUGUUGAUAGCGCCAGGGUGUUGAAGUUUUUCGGAUUUAAUAUAGUUCCAAAAUUGAUGCACAUGAUGAAUAUUAAAGUGUUACCGAAAAGCGUGCGUACUAAAUUCAGUAAUGUCAUUAAAGAGUCUUUGGCUGCUCGUGAAAAGGGUAAGAUAAUUCGAUCAGAUAUGAUACAACUGCUGAUGAUGGCCAAAAAGGGAAAUUUAAAAUAUGAAGAGAAUAUCAAAAAUGACGAUACCGGAUUUGCCACUGUUAAAGAGCAUUACACUGAGGGAAGCAAGAUGUUAACAGAUAACGAUAUUGUAGCUCAAGCAUUAGUGUUUUUCUUAGCAGGAUUCGAACCGGUAUCCACUAUUAUAAGUUUCAUGGCUAUGGAGCUGGCUUUGAAUCCGGAUAUUCAAGUAAAACUUUAUGAAGAGAUCGAGAGAUUUGGUGAUAUAGAUUACAAUAAAAUCUUAUCGAUGAGAUACUUGGAUAUGGUCGUAUCAGAAACACUCAGGAAAUGGCCUGCUGCUCCCUUUUUGCAUAGGAGAUGUACAGUGCCUUUUCUCUUAAAAGCUGAAAGACCUGAUGAAUCCGAUUUGUGUAUUGGCAAAGGAGAUGGAAUUUUGAUUCCUAUAAUUGGUAUACAAAGGGAUGAAAAGUAUUUUCCAAACCAGGAUCGUUUCGAUCCUGAAAGAUUUUCGGAUGAAAAUAAGGAUAAGGUGGAUAAGUACACUUAUUUACCAUUCGGGACUGGACCGAGGAACUGUAUCGGGUCGCGGUUUGCUCUUCUGGAAAUAAAGAUGUUCUUUGCAGUUGCUCUUAAAUACUUUAGGAUUGAAGCCAUAGAAAAAACUGCAAGCACUUUAGAACUCUCACAUAAUGAAUUUCCAAUGAAACCGAUCGGAGGAUUUUGGGUCGGUUUCUCAAGUAGGAAUAGCUAAUUACAAAUUAUAUACAUGUACAUAACUAUGUAGCUAUUCUUUAAUAUAAAAUAAUAUUUUAU